GAACAAAUUAAAUAUACUGUGCACAUCUCAUUUGUUUUGAUUAAUUAUUUUAGUUAUUUUAAUUUUAAAUAGAUUCAUUUCAAUUUACACAGUUCACGUUUAUUCUCCUAAAGGAGUAGGUUUAAAAAUGCGUAAACGAAGAAGGAUUUUCACUCCAAUCAAAAACAAAGGAAAGAGUAUAACGCAAUUCCCUCAAAUUUCUAAUAAAGUAAAAGAGGUGACAACUGCUCGAGGGAGGCUGCAGGGAGCGUUAAUGGAAAUAUUGGAACCGGCAUUGGAUUCUGAUGAUUCUACUGAUCUUACACCAGGGAAAAGAAGACAAUCAGAUCAAGAUGAAACCUAUGUAUCGGAAGAAGAAGACAUUCACUCACAAAAACAAUCCCAGCGGCAGUCAUAUGUUCUCAAACUGUUCGAUCGGAGUGUUGACUUGUCACAGUUUGAUGAGGAUUCCCCUCUCUAUCCGAUCUGCAGAGCCUGGAUUGCAAACCAACCUAAAGCUGAUUACAGCAAAUUUGGUUAUGAUCAACCUGAAGACAACGAGGAUAUUAUGACAAUAGACUUGCCAGGGCCAGAGGGACCUCCAGUCUCUAGGAUACCAGAGUUGUUGCCGGAACAAAAGGCAGCCAACAAGGACAAUAUUGAUCUUGAAUAUACACCACCACCAAGCCGGGAGCAGCUGUUAUCUUCACUGCAAGCCCGCUGGUCGGCUGUGAGGGAAGCCUGGUUACAACAAUCUGCGCGAGCAGAAGCAAGAUAUGAAGCCACGCAAAAAAUUCUCAACAAGAUCAACGUUAAUUCAACUUAGCUGUAUUCAUACUACAUUAUAUACAAAUGAAAACAUAAUGCAAAAUUAUUUUUAAGGUACAUUAUAUUUGAUUUUAAUCAUUUGAUCAUGAUUGUGAAUUAUUUGAU